AUGGGCAACAACCUCUCUUCAACCUUUAUCCCCGACACCUCGGGAGUCGUCUUCAGCCCCGAAGACCGCGCCUCCGCCAUCAAGCUCGGGAUCUUCUGGGCCGCCUCCCUCUACGGAUGCGCCGUCAUCUUCAGCACCUGCGCCCUCGUCGACCGCUGGAAGGGUCCCUUUGACAAGAACUACGUCGGCUUCAGCUCCGUCAUGGCCGCCCUACUACUAUCGACUUGCUGGCCUGUCGUCAUGACCUAUCUAUUCUUAUCACAGGGGUCUCUGUGA